AAAAUCUUUCCAGCGCAUCUUUUUGUGUGUAUGUGUGCUAAGGCAAAGCAAAGCAAAAAAAAAAAAAAAAAAAUCUUUGAUUAUUAUUAGGGUUAUUUUCUCCCUCUGUCUAUCCCUUUCUCUCUUUCCAGCACUUCUGAUAAUGAUGGUAAAGAUGAUUUCUUGGUGAUCCUGAAUUUUUUGAGAUCACCGAGCAACUUUUUAGGCUUUGAGAAGAGAAGUCCUGUAGGGACUCACUACUUUUGAAGUUGUUGCUUUCCGCUUGUUUAAAACUGAAGCUCUCCGAGAGUAGGUGCUGGGUGCAUUUGAUUUUAUUUUUAAACACCAGGCGUGAUUUCUCUGGGUAGCUGACUCUAUCCCUCCAUCAGGUUUCUGAAAUAAAUCUUGUUUUCUGCACCCAUCAAAACGCAGGUGGGUGAGAACUCUUAACUUUCUACUUUUGUUGUUGUUGUUUCGCCUCUUUUUUGUUAUUUUCUUUCUCCUUUCUCUCUCGCUCUCCCUUUCUCUCGCUCUCUCUUUUUUACGGGGUCUCUUUCAUUCAGGUAAAACUGUAAAUUUCCCAAACCUACAUUGUUUCUCCCCCUGCUGCAUGAAACUCCUGGAUACUUCCCCCUCCACCCUUUUUUUUUUUUUUGGUAAAAAUUUAUUUAAAAUCCUCGAUAGGAGCAAUGUAAAUUUUCUGACAUUCAAACCUUUUCUAGUUCACAAAUCAGUCACCCUUGUCACAGUUAUUGAAAUUCCUCAACUUGCCACACCAGGACGGUGGAAAAAGCAGGCGGUGUCUUUGUUGCUGACCAGGCUUUUGAUCGCCAGAGAAAAUUUACUUACCUUCAGAUGAGUGAGCAGAAAAAGAAAUAACACUCCCUUUGAUUUAGUUAGAAAAAUGCAGACAUUUGGAUUCAGUGCAAACAUACAACACUUGGUUGUUUUCUAGAUGCAACCCUCGAUUAACCUGUCUUUCCCCAGCUCAAAGUCUAUUGAAAAACUGCGGAUAGUUCUUUUUUGUUCUCGCUACAAAGAGCCAUUGACUAUAUAUUAAAAUGAUUGUUGAAAGGUAUAAGUAUGGUGUUUAAAAGCAGAAAACCUUUGUGGCUUAAUCAAUUAAGCUGAGCAACAUUUGUACAAUAUUUUAAACGAUGCUUCGGCACUAAAAAAAAAAAAUGAUCUCGUGAAACUUUAAAAUAUAGACGUCUUUGUGUGCGUAUGCAUAUACACACUUACGUAUGUGCCCAUGUGUGUGUGCACAUAUAUAAAACUGGCAAAUUAUUUAUUUACUCAGUCGCCUGCAUAUUCAUUAGCUCUAAUUAUUUUCUAGUAACGAAAACACCAAAAGCUCGCUAAGAGUCGGACUCCUUCCAUUUCGCCUUUGUUCAGCCCUUCACUUGCCCCCUUCGCAGCUCAAUCCGAGCCCCUCCAAUUCCUAGUGCCAAACAAAGAAACUUUAAACUCAUCCCCUCUAAUUAAAGGCGCUGGUAAGCAAUCCGCAGCGCAGGUAGUGAGGAAUCAGAGCAGCAGCGCUGCUGCGCGAACACUUCUCGGGUGAGAACUGCCUCAUUUCGAGAGGUAUAAAAAUGGCCAUUGCGCCUAGAAAAAACAAACAAACAAACAAACAACAAAUAAACUUUGAUACGCUUUGAAGGAAUGUUCGCUGCAGUUUAUCUGCAGAUGCAGUUUGCCUGUGCUUGGUGCACGGAGAUCGCUUUCAAAGCAGAUGUAUUAUGUAAUUUCCCUUGGAUCUUGGGAGGCUUUACCGUUUGGGUUUUUUUUUUUUUUUUCCCCGGAAUAAUACUGGGCUGAAUCUACACGUUUGCAUUUAUUCUGCCAAAUCCAUUCGAAGGAAUUGCAAUAGCUUAUAGCAACAGGUAUACCCGCUCUAGGAGAGCGCCUGUGUGUGGACGUGGUCUUUAGGCGGGGGUUACAUUACUUUUGUGUUUGGUGCUAAAAUUGAGCAAAGGACAGAGUUGUCAGUGUUAAUGUGAAGUCUUGAGUGCGAUGGCAUUAGGAGAUUCAGAAAGUUAGGUAGUCCAGUGCUAGCCUGCCUCCCAGUGCAGGGGGAACCCAAUGAUCAUUCCAGGUCGGUGCAAAAUAUACGAGAAGGCAGACGAGAGGGUAUUUUUAGGAAGCGUAUCUAAAUAUACAGUGUAAGAGUGAAUGUAAAAAAAAAAAAAAUGUUGUGGGUUGUAGAAGUUAUCAAGUGGGAUUUGCGGCGCGCUCUCUGCAGGAAACGAAAGCUGCUCCAGUUCAAAGCCACAUGCACCAACGUGACAUAUAAGCCAUUAAAAUAUCAUCCUGACGGCUCAUUUCUGCUUCAUCAUACAUUCCCUAACUGCUUCCAGAAAGCAAGAAAAGAAGAAAUGAAGGAUGACCGCCUCGAUGGAAGCGCCAAAGAGGUGGAACAAAGUCAGGAAAUGAGGCACAAGACUCCCCUUGUAAUGAGGAAAAGAAAACGACUUUACAGAAACAUCCUGGAAAAGUCAAGUAGCUACCCCGGACACCAUGGUCACCACCACCACCACUCAGAAGCUGGGAAUCCCUCUCUGUUCACUGGACUCCAUGAGCAGCCUCCCCAUGCAGCUCCAGGUGGCCAUCUAAACGGACAGAUAAGACUGGGGUUACCUGGAGAAAUGUACGCCAGGUCUGAACAUUUCACUCAAGUACCAGCCUCCAGGACAGAUCCUUUUGCUGCUUCUUCGCUUCAUAGCUACGGUGGCAUGAAUCUGAACGUGAAUCUGGCUCCACACCACGGCCCGGGUGCCUUCUUUCGUUACAUGAGGCAGCCCAUCAAACAGGAACUCAUCUGUAAGUGGAUUGAGUUGGACCAGACUCCCAAAAAAUUAUGCUCGAAAACUUUCAGCACGAUGCACGAGCUGGUGACUCAUGUCACGGUGGAGCACGUUGGAGGACCCGAGCAGUCCAAUCACAUAUGUUUCUGGGAAGAGUGUCCAAGAGAAGGGAAACCUUUCAAGGCCAAAUAUAAACUUGUAAAUCACAUCAGAGUCCACACAGGUGAAAAGCCUUUCCCCUGCCCUUUCCCAGGCUGUGGCAAAGUGUUUGCCAGAUCAGAGAAUCUCAAAAUACACAAAAGAACUCAUACAGGGGAGAAGCCGUUCAAAUGUGAAUUCGAGGGCUGUGACAGACGCUUCGCCAACAGCAGCGACAGGAAGAAGCACUCGCACGUCCACACCAGCGACAAGCCCUACAACUGCAAAGUGAGAGGCUGCGACAAGUCUUACACCCACCCCAGCUCCCUGAGAAAACACAUGAAAGUGCACUGCAAAUCCCCUCCUCCCAGCUCCGGCUACGAGUCCUCCACGCCCUCCUUGGUGUCCCCCUCCUCGGACUCCGGCCGGGAGCCCCCCGCCUCCUCUUCCCACGCCGAGCCCUCCGCGCCCGCGCAGCCCGCCGCCAACCUGAGCGAAUGAUGUCUACCCCGUUGCUCUCAAGGUAAUCUAGACAGACGCAGCUGAAAGCCUGAAUCUUAUGCCUUAGACAUCAAAGCAAGCUCGCACAAAGAAGUAUUUCUUCACAACGGUGAAUCUUCAUGGUAAGUUAGGAUUUCUAUGGCAAUAGGCAAGUCAUACUUAAAUAGUGAAAGGCGAAGUCUGGAGCCCGUCCAGUCUUUUCAUUAAGGACAUAAUAUUUACGUCUAACAGGCCCUUUUUCUUGUGUAUACAAGUAUAUAUUUUUGUUUGACACGAACUAAAUCAUUUUCAUUUAAUUUCCGGUAAACAAAACCCACGCGAACAGGGCACUUGUUCCAGACCAUAAUAAAAAUGGAUAAGACUGUCAGGAAGAAAAGGCCCGCUUGAACCGCCGCCUCAGCUCACUUUUGUUUCUGCUUUCUGCCGGGAUCAGAGAAUGCGUUUGGGAUUUGAGGGCGAGUUUCUAAAGGCAAGGAAAUGGUUUUUAAGGGGGGAAAAGAAAAGGAGAAAGGUCUAAUCAAGCUCGGGUUGUUCAAAGGGCCUGAUUUUGGGGUUGAAAGUGUGAGUUUUAUGGUGCAUCAGCAUGCCACGUUAGGAUCGCUAUGGUAAUGAGGAGAGCAAUAGCAAGCGGCCUUCAAAGGAGGCACACUCCAUUUGAGACAGUCUAUUAAGAUACAUUUGCACUGACCUUUGGUUUCAUGCUAGCUUAAUACACUCAAUCUGCUCCCCGCUAGAGAUAGACUUCCUCCACCUAAUGCACUUCGGUGGAGUUGGGGUUUGCUGGGCUUCGCCCUCCCCCCGAGGCGGGCUCCGCUCCGACGCCGUGGCCCCGCUCUCCUGCUCCCCAAAGUAAGCGGUUACCAGCUAGGCUCGGGGGCGAGCUCCAGUCCCCCCUCCCCAGCAUCUCCCACCAGCUUGUCGCAGCCAAACCCGGCCGCAAAACCCGAGGAGUGCUUCCCUCUCCUGCCCCCCACCCCUCGCAGGGGAAGACAGGACGGGGAUCGAAGGAUCCCCCCGCCCUGCUUGGGCUGCCUCGGCCCCAGGGAGCCGGUGUGCCGGUGGAAGUCCCCCCCGGAGCCGGGAAAGCGGGGCGAGGGCCGGGGGGAGCUGCCGUGUCCCCCUUCCCAGCCCGCCCUGGCCGGCCGGCGCUGCGCGGCGGCGAGCGGAGGCUCCGCGGUGCGGGGGAACUUGACACCCGCACGGCCGGGGCCAUGGGCGCUGGGCCAUGGGCCCGGGAAAGUUAGAAGUCCAUGUUCCAGUAAUUGUCUUGUUGUUUAUUUUAUCCAAGUACCCUAGUGAAUAGGGGAAAAAUAAACACGAUGAAAAAAAAUUCAAACAGUUGAGUCGUCUUUAGUGCCAGCCCUUGUGGUUGAAUAAAAAGGAUGGUCCAAUUUCUAUUGAGCUGAGAAAUCUUUGAAGUGGGAGUUAUUAUCUGAGAAAUUCCUGCUCGUCGUCCUAACAACGCUGAUGAAACGUAAAAGGUUCUUUGUCAGCGAUUUGUUCUCCUCUCUGUCAAACUCACCCUGCCCGUUAGCUUUAAACCGUUUCUAAAGAGAUAAAAUCAAACUUUUAAAGAUAACUUUAGGGGCCCAGAGGGUGCAGAAAAUACCAAACUAUCGAAUCCUGUGUAUAGACAUACAUCUGGAUGUAUGUGGCUGUGUCUGUGUGAAACUCUGUCUGUGUACAGCUCUCCAUAGAUGUCUGUAUGACCUUACUGUUCGAAAGUUGAAAUGAUGUCCAUUUUUUUUUCCAUUUUAUCCUCUGAACUUUUCCGUCUAAUAAAUUAUUCCUACACAUAUGCUGCACAGAAUGCGAUUCUUGGGAGAAGGCAGAAAUGUUGGGUUUCAUUAACACCAGUAUGUGACCAACAAACGUUUUCUUUCCAGUAGAGUGAAAGCAAGAGCGUAGACAUAAGAGUAAAGGCUUUGAUCAUUUUAACAGUCCGAAUACCUAUUAAGCAUGUAUAUACUGCAAUGUAUCGAAGUUGUUAACGCAUUCAACGCGAUGGCUUCCAUAUGCUCUCAUGUUUUAUUGCCCGUAAGUGUAAAGAUAGUCAAACUGCAUCCCUUUUGUAUCUUCAUUUUAUAAACAUCACGGUGUAUACUGAAAUGAUUCCAUGGUCAAGGAUUACUUAGUAGUUUCUCAUUGGAGAUCAUUAAAUUCUCUGUUCGUAACACGAAUUCCUUGAAGUUGUAACACAUGAGUGUACUUCUGUUUUAGUUGCUACAGAAUGAUCUGAGCCCAAUCCUGCCAUUCUAAGCACCCCCAUUAAUUUAAUGGGAGUUUACCUGAGUAAAGACCGAAUCAGACUUCAGUGGAGUGGGUAUUAUUACUAUCAUUAUUAUUGUUAUUAUUAUUAAUCCUGGAUCUUGUCAUAUUUAUGGGAAAACCUAGCACAUCCCUUGUGUACUGUACAGAGAAGAAACGCCUCUGAAAAAUGUAGCUCGCAAAAAAACAUUUACAAUGUUGAUAUGCUGUAUUUCUUUCCAGACUUCUUAUAUUCCAUAUUUUCCUUCAGCACAUGUUUGGUAAUGAAGGAACGUUCUGUUGUGUGUUUGAACAUACUAUUUAUUUUUAAUAUUUGGAUUUUUUUACAAUAAAUAUUUAUAAACGUUUCAAUUCUAUGGUUAUUUUUACAAAUGUGCACUUUUAAAAUAUGUGUCUGUACUGAUGAUACCGAGCCAUUCCUAAAACACUGUGUAGUCAACCUUGUCUUUCUGUUGGUUUUUAUAUUAGUUGUAAACAAAUUUCCUCAAACCGGUGUACUAUUAAUGUGGUGUACAACCAAGUACUAAUGCGUGUUUUUUA